CCAGGUCAGGCCAGGCGGGCGCCCGGAGCCGGGAACCGGGAGCCCGGAACCCGGAGCCCGGAGUUCGGAGCACAGAGUUCGGAGCGGGCUAGGGAGGCGGCGUUGUCGCGGCGAGGAGGUGGGCGCGCUGGAGCAGGAGCGGGGCCAGAGCUGGAGCCGAGGCGCAGGUGGCGCUGGGUCACCUGCGAGGCCGCUGGCCAGGCCUGAGCCUUUGCCACCAUGGCCAUUGUGCAGACUCUGCCAGUGCCACUGGAGCCUGCUCCUGAAGCUGCCACUGCCCCACAAGCUCCAGCCAUGGGCAGUGUGAGCAGCCUUAUCUCAGGCCGGCCCUGUCCCGGGGGUCUAGCUCCUCCCCGCCACCACGGCCCUCCUGGGCCCACCUUCUUCCGCCAGCAGGAUGGCCUGCUGCGGGGUGGCUAUGAGGCACAGGAGCCGCUGUGCCCAGCUGUGCCUCCUAGGAAGGCUGUCCCUGUCACCAGCUUCACCUACAUCAAUGAGGACUUCCGGACAGAAUCACCCCCUAGCCCAAGCAGUGAUGUUGAGGAUGCCCGAGAGCAGCGGGCACACAAUGCCCACCUCCGCGGCCCACCACCGAAGCUCAUCCCUGUCUCUGGAAAGCUGGAGAAGAACAUGGAGAAGAUCCUGAUCCGCCCAACAGCCUUCAAGCCAGUGCUGCCCAAACCUCGAGGGGCUCCGUCCCUGCCUAGCUUCAUGGGUCCUCGGGCCACCGGGCUGUCUGGGAGCCAGGGCAGCCUGACGCAGCUGUUUGGGGGCCCUGCCUCCUCCUCCUCUUCUUCCUCCUCCUCUUCAGCUGCUGACAAACCCCUGGCAUUUAGUGGCUGGGCCAGUGGCUGCCCAUCAGGGACGCUAUCCGACUCUGGCCGAAACUCACUGUCCAGCCUGCCCACCUACAGCACCGGAGGUGCCGAGCCAACCACCAGCUCCCCAGGCGGGCACCUGCCUUCCCAUGGCUCUGGGCGAGGGGCACUGCCUGGGCCAGCCCGAGGGGUCCCUACUGGGCCCUCCCACUCAGACAGUGGCCGGUCCUCCUCCAGCAAGAGCACAGGCUCCCUGGGGGGCCGUGUGGCUGCCGGGCUUUUGGGCAGUGGUACCCGGGCCUCCCCUGACAGCAGCUCCUGUGGGGAGCGCUCACCACCACCCCCGCCUCCACCUCCUUCCGACGAGGCCCUGCUGCACUGUGUCCUGGAAGGAAAGCUCCGAGAGCGGGAGGCAGAGCUUCAGCAGCUGCGGGACAGUCUGGACGAGAAUGAGGCUACCAUGUGCCAGGCAUACGAGGAGCGGCAGCGGCACUGGCAGCGAGAGCGCGAGGCCCUGCGAGAGGACUGUGCAGCCCAGGCACAGCGGGCACAGCGGGCCCAACAGCUGCUGCAGCUGCAGGUGUUCCAGCUGCAGCAGGAGAAGCGGCAAUUGCAGGAUGACUUCGCACAGCUGCUGCAGGAGCGUGAACAGCUGGAGCGGCGCUGCGCCACCUUGGAGCGGGAGCAGCGGGAGCUCGGGCCAAGGCUUGAGGAGACCAAGUGGGAGGUGUGCCAGAAAUCAGGCGAGAUCUCCCUGCUGAAGCAGCAGCUGAAGGAGUCUCAGGCAGAGCUGGUGCAGAAGGGCAGCGAGCUGGUGGCCCUGCGAGUGGCACUGCGGGAGGCCCGUGCUACCCUGCGGGUCAGUGAGGGCCGUGCGCGGGGUCUACAGGAGGCCGCCCGAGCUCGGGAGCUGGAGCUGGAAGCCUGUUCCCAGGAGCUGCAGCGACACCGCCAGGAAGCCGAGCGGCUGCGGGAGAAAGCUGGGCAGUUGGAUGCUGAGGCGGCUGGACUCCGGGAGCCCGCUGUGCCACCUGCCACCGCUGACCCAUUCCUCCUGGCAGAGAGUGAUGAGGCCAAAGUGCAGCGGGCAGCAGCCGGGGUUGGGGGCAGCUUGCGGGCCCAGGUGGAGCGAUUGCGGGUGGAGCUGCAGCGGGAGCGGCGGCGGGGUGAGGAGCAGCGGGACAGCUUUGAAGGGGAGCGGCUGGCCUGGCAGGCAGAGAAGGAGCAGGUGAUCCGCUACCAGAAGCAGCUGCAGCACAACUACAUCCAGAUGUACCGGCGCAACCGGCAGCUAGAGCAGGAGCUGCAGCAGCUCAGCCUGGAGCUGGAGGCCCGGGAGCUUGCGGAGCUGGGCCUGGCUGAGCAGGCCCCCUGCAUCUGCCUGGAGGAGAUCACUGCUACUGAGAUCUAGGGCCCUCGGCACCCAGCUCUAGCUCUGCCAGAGGGGCAGCAGCUGCAGAUCCACUUAGGCCCCAGGGCCCACGGAUGACCCCAAAAGCUGAGGGCCCCAAAGCCACUUGUCUCCUAGGAUCCAGGCCUCUGGGCUUCUGCCAGGAACUUGGGAUGGUCGUAUGACUUGGAGGAGCGAGAUCAGACCGCUCGAAGGUCCCCGUGUUCACUGUCACCCAGAGGCUCCUGUCACUACCCACUUUAUUCUCCACUGCUGCCAGUGCCACUGCCAACCCUGUUCACAGGCGCUUCCAGCCCACUCCAGCCAGGGGAGCUAGGAGGAAGAAGGGGCUCCCUCCUCUCCACAUUCCCCCUGACCCCGAAGCCAGAGAAAGCCAGAUGGCACCAGCUGCUCCAGAUGUGCCUGCCCAUAUUGGGGGACAGGGCCGGGCCUGGGCUCGGUUCCCAGGUUCGAGCUCUGCAGCCUCUCUCCUGGAGUGAGGGGGCUGAAGUCAGACCAAAGGAAGAACUCAGAAAUGUCUUGUUUAUUUGUGUUUGUGACCAAGCAGCCUCUCCCUUCACCCAGGUUUAUGGCCUCGUUUUCACUUGUAUAUUUUUCACACUGUAAAUUUCUUGUACAAACCCAAAGAAAAAAUUAAAAAAAAAUUUUUUUUGUUUAAAAAUAA